GCUUUUUCAACAAUGAGGACCAAACAUAUCCAAUUAUCAUGUGGGAUGACUAUAAUUACCAUCCUCAUAGUGCAAUUACUGUCCUCCGCCUACGGUCCUUGAUAAAAAUUGGACAUGAUAAUAAAUUUUGGAUGCAUGACCAAGUUCGAGAUCUAGGAAGGCACAUCGUCUCUGAAGAAUAUUCUCGCAAAAUUAGUAGGGUGUGGAGUUAUAAGGAUGCUGUAAAGCUUCUGGAGAGGAAAGAGAAAAAUGUAGAUGUAAAAGCACCAAGCCUGACUUCCGGUGAUUGCAGCCGCAACAUGGUACCUGAUGAAUUAGCUGCUUUGCCAAAUCUAACGUUCCUUCGAGUUAAAGGUAUUGAUUUUUCUGGCAACUUCAAGAAUGUUGUUUCGAAGCUAUGUUGGCUUUCUUGGGAAGUGACACAUAAUGAAUUUUAUGCGGAGAAUUUUCAUUUUGCUAGCUUUGUCGUGCUAGACCUUUCAAGGAGCAAUAUCAAAGAUGACUGGGGUGGAUGGAGCCAAUUCCAGGUUGGCCACAAUCUCCAUCGGUAAGCUUGAACACCUGAAAACUUUGAGUAUAAAGGGGUGUAGAAAUCUUGGGGCGUUGCCCCCAGAAGUUGCUUCUCUACCUUCUUUGACGCAGAUUGUAAGAUACGCUCCAUACUUGGAAAGGAUGCAGAUGGACGCAAGUUUGAUAGGUUUGAAAGAAGUACAAGACCAAUCAAUAAAACAUUUUCCGUUGAUUCAUGUUCCUAAGGGAACUAAACGCCAGAGUAUGAGGAAAAUGUUAUCUUUAGAAAUUGUUUUCCAAGAAAUAAACGCACCUUAAGGGACGUCUCCAGAAGCUGCGUUUGGAAGAGGAAAUAGAAUGGCACCCGGAGAUACUUCCAAAGCCUCUUGUAGCUGGAGUGUGGGCGAACCAUACCCGAUUAUGUUUGCAUUGGUGUGGGGAAACAAAGGCGCUUCUGGAGAGACUUGACAACCUGAAUUUUCGGCUAGAUAUCGUAACAGAAGUGUACCCUUGAAAUCAGUUUGACUUCCAAAGUCUAUCGAUAGGUCGGUGAGCCAGAUUCCAUCCAUCUCCCAGGCCAAUGGUGCUCUUUAUGGGAAUUAUCAUCUAUAUAUUUGAUCGUAUAAUGUGACAUUUUCAGACGCAAAUUUUGAUUUUACUGUAAGUUAAUUUGUAUAUAAUGUUAGUCUUUCGGGGCUAAAUUCUAGAAGAUGGGGAAAUAUGCAAUAGGAAUAUUUUCGACAAUCACUGCCCAAAUUGCUAAAUGAAAAGGAGCGUA